GUGGGCCUCGUUCCUUCUCGCCGAGCGCCGCCAACAUGGUGUUCAGGCGCUUCGUGGAGGUUGGCCGGGUGGCCUACGUCUCCUUCGGGCCUCAUGCCGGGAAGCUGGUCGCGAUCGUAGAUGUUAUCGAUCAGAAUAGGGUUUUGGAUGAUGGACUUUGCACUCAAGUAAGGAGACAGGCUAUGCCUUUCAAAUGCAUGCAGCUCACUGACUUCAUCCUUAAGUUCCCACACAGUGCCCGCCUGAAGUAUGUUCGACAAGCCUGGGAGGAGGCAGAUAUCAAUACAAAAUGGACAGCCACAAGAUGGGCCAGGAAGAGUGAAGCCAAAGAAAAGAAAGCCAAGAUGACAGAUUUUGAUCGUUACAAAGUAAUGAAGGCAAAGAAAAUGAGGAACCGAAUAAUCAAGCUUGAAGUUAGGAAGUUUCAAAAGGCAACUCUUCUGAAAGCUUCUCCCCAAAAAGCACCUGCUGCUAAAGGUGCCACUGCAGUUGCAGCAGCUGCUGCAAAGGCUCCAGCAAAAAAGGUGACCACUGCAGGCAAGCAGGCUCCAGCCCAGAAGGUUCCCACCCAGAAACCUGCAGGCCAGAAGGCAGGGCCUCCAAAAGCUCAAACGGGUCCAAAAGCCCCAGCCCAGAAAGCACCUGCUGCUCCCAAGGCACCUGGCAAGAAAACAUGA